GAUUUCUGUGAAGAAGCCCCAGAAGUUGAGGAUAAUCAUUUUACCUAUAAUAUAUGUAAAAAAAUAGCAGAUUUUUUUAAAAGCGAAGAAGAACGUCAAACUACUGCAAAUAAAAUGUUAUCCACUUAUUUUGGCUAUGAGAUGCAACCACUUGUACUUCCUCAUAGUCGCCGUACUGAUAGCACUAUAAGCUAUUCCUCUGUGUAUCAUGGGCUUAAUGUGAAAUUUAAGUGGGAGAACUGUUGCUCCAACACUUCUCCAUAUCUCGAAAAUUGUGGAUCUUUUUUAAAUUUCUGCAAGGAAAAAGAAAAAGAACAUUCUUUCCAUGUGACUAAUUUUCCGUGCUUUUUAGUUACAAUUGCAGGGCCUUACUUUUCUGUUUCCGGUGCUCAAAAAGAUAAUGAAAUGAUGGUAUCAAUUUCAAGAACAUUUCGUGCUUUAAAGAAAUCUCUCAAACUUCUUGAAGAACACUAUAAACAUGUUAAUGAAUUAGCUCAAGACAUCCUUCGAACUGCCCAUUCUGUGCAUCCAUCAUUUUCUGAUAUAGUUAUAAACGGCAAACGAUAUAGCGUUCAAUUCGAUUCUGAUCCCCAAGUUGGUGUUUUUCUUUUUUGGAAAGUUAGGAUUUUAGACGCACAGGAGAUAUAUUGCAUAGCCUACGUGAGAGCUGUUCAAAAGCAUCAAUAUUCGCUUGACAUAUAUCAGCUUUUAGCUAAUGCUGAAUAUGCUCCAAAAGUUUUUGCUACUUCAGUUAUUCCUGGAAAUUAG